CAGGGUGCAGUGUGAGGAGGCACCAGUGCAGGCUGCAGUGUGAGGGGGUUCCAAUGCAGGGUGCAAUUUGAGGCAACCCUAGUGCAGGGUUCAGUGAGAUGGGGCUGCAGUGCAGGGUUCCAUUUCAGGCUGCAGUGUGAGGGGGCUGUAGUGGAGGGUCUCUCUCACAGUCUCUCUCUCACCUUCACACACACUCUCUCCCUCCCUCCCACACACUCUCCCUCACACAGUCUCACCCUCUCUCCCUCCCUCACACACACUCCCUCCCUCACACUCUCUCCCUCCCCCUCACACACACCCUCCCUCACACCCUCCCUCCCUCCCUCACACCCUCCCACAUGGAGUCUCUCGCUCACACACAGGUGCACGGUGGCGGCGGGUGAUCGGGACCAGCGCCGAGGAAGGGGGUUAUCCCCCGGGACCGCUCCUCCUCCCCCUCCGCGUCGCUCCUGCGGCCGGCAGCCUGUUUCCAGCUGCAGCGAGCGGGAGGCGGCAGCGCUGCGGAGCGAGGCGGCGGGCGGCGGGCGGCCGGGCUGUGGGUUUGCAGAUCCGACAUCCUCUGUCCUGGUGCCCAACGUCCCUGCGGUUCCGAAAGCCUCUUCUGCCAGAGGUGUCGUAAGAGCAGUUGCCGUCUCCGGGACUAUGCGGAUACCCCAGGAUGGACACAGCCAUGGAGUUGGAUAAUUACCAGCCUGUGUUGGAGACCACGGACGAGUCGGCCUUGAACCAAGGAUGGUACGUCUCCUACCCAGUCAGCUUCCAGGUGUCGUUGACCAGCUUCCUGAUGCUGGAGAUUGUGCUGGGCUUUGGCAGCAACCUGACGGUGCUGGUGCUGUACUGCAUGCAGACCAGCCUGGUGGACUCUGUCAGUAACAUGGUGACCAUGAACCUGCAUGUGCUGGACAUCAUCAUCUGCCUGGUCUGCGUCCCCUUCACCAUCACCAUUGUGCUGACCCCGCUGGACAGCGACAUGGCCCUCAUCUGCUGCUUCCAUGAAGCGUGCGUCACCUUCACCAGCGUGGCCACGGCCAUCAACGUGCUGGUGAUCAGCCUGGACAGGUACGACAUCUCGGUGCGGCCGGCCAACAGGGUGCUGACGCCAGGCCGCGCGGUUCUGCUCCUGGCUGCCGUCUGGAUGCUCUCCCUGCUGGUCUUCUUCGUGCCCUUCAUGGAGGUGGAGUUCUUCAGCGUGCCGCUGUACGGACCUGCCUGGCACAACCGGACCCUGCUGUGCGUCAGUGCCGAGGACUACCACCGCGAAACCGCCAUGUACUGCCACCUCUUCAUCCAGAUCCCCUGCUUCUUUGCGGCCGUGGCGGGCAUGUUGGGAGCCUAUUCCCGCAUCCUGAAGGCCCUCAACAUCCGCAUCGGCUCGCACUUCGCCCGCGGACAGAAGCGCAAGAGCAAGAGGCAGCAGCGGCGGAGGAGGAAGGGGCCAGGGAACUCGCUGGGCAGUCAGUACGAGGGCAGGAGGCUGGCACCCUCUGUGGGGGGCCCACCCCCGGCCCUGGGGGUGCACGCCUCGGUCUCUGUCAUCAUCGCCCUGCGGCGGGCGGUGAAACGGCACAGGGACCGGAGGCAGCGCCAGCGCCGGGUCUUCCGCAUGUCGCUGGUCAUCGUCUCCACCUUCCUGGUGUGUUGGGCCCCCAUCUCCAUCGUCAACUUGCUGGUGUUGUGCCUGGGUCCCAGCGACCGGCUGGUGCGCCUGCGCCUCUGCACCCUGGCACUCGCCUACGCCACCACCGUCCUCCACCCCCUGCUCUACGCCUUUGCCCGCCACAAGUUCCGCAAGGUCCUCAAGAGCAAGGUGAAGAAGCGGGUGGUGUCGGUGCUGCAGGUGGACCCUGUGCCCAGUGCCACCAUCAUCCACAACUCCUGGGUGGAGCCCGGGAAGGUGCGGGGGUCCGGGGAGCCCACCCAGUCUCUGGCCCAGGCCAAGGCCUGAGCCCCUGAAGUGGCAGCACAGUCUCACGUUGGACACCCUCCCUCCACCCCCCCCCCCCCCCAAAGGGCUUCCCCUCCCCCCAGACCCAACAGCACCAGGGCCCCCCCAAGGGCCUCAGCCACCCCCCCCCCCCCCCGCGCCCCAGUGGACCGUGGCAGCUCGCGGGUCAAAACCACAACCAGCACCAGAGGGGUCCAUUCACCACCCCCCACCCCCUCACCAGAUCACCCCCUU